ACGGUCCAACUGACGACGCCGCCUGGAUGGAGAUAGCGAGGGGGAUUGCCUCCGGGGAGAGAGAGGGAAAAACUUUUCCUCCUUUGUGUUUUUAAGUGGCGUUUACUUCAGGGCAGGAGAAGGGGAGGCGUGUGAGGGAGGACCGUUCAGUUUUUCCACAGUUUUUUUUUGUUUUUUUUUAGUGACGGGGACUCCAACGGUUAGUCCAUUCUCCAAGCUGAGAGAGUGAGUGAGGCGCCGCGGAGAAUGGAAACUAGCUAACCUUCCUCACGUCUGUGGUCGGAGUUCCUCUCUUGCUUUUCAAACAUUUGCAUGAGGCAGGGGGUAGAAACAAAACCAUGCCCCUGUCGUCGGUUUAGUAAGUUCAGCCCGUGAGUUUAAAAAAAGAAAAAAAGUUUACAGGGAGAAAACCGGCUCUCCCCUUGUGCUCUACCGCCGCUUUUGUGUGGGUGAAUGCUGGGCUGUUUUUCCUGUUUGACAGGGCCGAUUGUCAAGGAGAAGUUACCGAUACAGCUGCCGAACACACAGGCUCAUCGCAAGGACUUCCAAGCCUGCUAGACAUAGGACACCAUUGUGACUCACAGAGGGGUAACAUGAGGCAGACGCACAGAGAUGUGGGAGUAUACAUGCUCGCCAAAGCUGCUCAGAUGGACUUGAGAUAACGCCAACAGAAGUUCUACCCUUGUCCUGAACUUCAGCCUCCCACAUUCACUCAGAAUGGCAGAUCCCACUGGGCUGAGCUCCGAAGGGGCCGGUGCGGGAAUAGCCGAGGUAGACGCCUGCAGUCUGGAGAUAGAGAGAAAGUAUGAUGUCAUCCCUGCCGUCAUCUGCUCCAUGUGUUGCCUGUUUGGCAUCAUCUACUGCUUCUUUGGUUACCGCUGUUUCAAAGCCGUCAUGUUCCUGUCUGGUCUGAUGUUCGGCUCCGUCAUCAUCUUCUUGCUUUGCCACAAGGAGCAUGUGCUGGACACUCAGCUGAGCGUGGAAGCCAGCGCUGGUAUAGGCCUUGGUAUAGGCCUGCUGUGCGGUUUGGUCACUAUGCUGGUGCGCAGCGUCGGCCUCUUCAUGACUGGCCUGCUGCUGGGUCUCCUCCUGGCCCUUGCUGCCCUGCUGGUCACUCACCAGUUCUACACUCCAACCACAGUCUGGGUCCCACUGGGUGCACUCCUGGGAACAGGCAUGCUGUUUGCCGUGCUGACACUGCAGUGGCAGAAGCUCUUCACCAUGCUCUCCACAGCUGUUUUCGGGGCAGCCAUCAUGACAGUGUGCGCUGAUUACUUUGUGGAGAUGCUGGUUUUGGCCACGCAUGUGUACGAGUGCUUGCGCCUCACACCGGGGCCACCUCUCUGCUGGUACAGCUGGGUCAUUCUGGGCAUCUGGCCUGCCCUCAGCAUCAUAGGAGUACUGGUCCAGUGGAAACUGACGGACGACAGCUUCUCGCACACUGAGGUUGUUAUCAGUCGGAGACAGAAGAGAGUCCAGCUGAUGCGGAUUCGAGAAAAGGACGCCAAGAAGCGACAGCAGGCAGGUGGGCAGGAAGGCACGUACCGCCGUAAACCCACCCCAGUGAAACGUUACGCUGGGGACCUACUGGCACCGAGUUACCUGCAAAGUCUGCGGGACAGACAGAUGGGCACCGGCACUUCCCUUAGCAGCCUUGGCACCGCCAACCACACCAUGAUUGACCUGGACUACGACACCGGGUCCACGGCGCCCCUCACAGCUACAACUCCGGUCGUCAGGGUCUGAGCAAAGCAGAGAUAAAGAAGGGACUACAUAGUGCUCUCUGCUUCACCAACUGUGUCUUCCUAAUGUAGAGUAGAACCAAUAAACUGCUCCCCUCAGCUGAGGGUUCAUUCUGCCCUUGAACAGUUCUGGGGCAGAUGGAUUUCUUCCUGUCAGGAUGUCCCCGAGAAACAGAAUGCUGCUUUAUGGGGAGAAGUGUCAUGCUAUAACCACUGCAACCACUGUGUUUCUCAGAGAAACACUACAAAUAACAGAUGCUAACAGAGUAAGGUCCUUCAUUUCCUCUCAUCAUGUAUUGAAUACGUAAAUGACAAGUAUGAGCCUCAAAAACCAGACAUUUUCCUGUUUUGGUAGUGAACAUGACAAAACGGUGUGUUUGAAAUUACAUGUACUGUACUUUAAAAGUUAGUCAUUGCCACAAAGUGUUGUGUGUUGUUAUCGUUUAACUGUGUGGACGUAGGAAAGUUUUAACAGUGUAUCAACUUUCAUUUUCUGUAUUUUUGUAGACGCAGUGUGGCGAGAGAGUAAGAUAUUACAUGUAGUUGGAAUCAUGGACUAUGAAGCAAAAACUAAAUAAUGCAAAUAAACUACAGUUUGUAUUUUUUAAAGCUCUUUACAUGAGUUUUUAGCAGGAUCUCUUCUAGCAGCAACCUUUUAAUUCUGUGACUUUUCUGUGUUUUAUUGUUGCUCCUUCUCAGAAGUUAGACUGUCGUGUAUGCUUAUGGAGUAAACUUUUUAUAAUUUAAUUUAUAUAUUGACCAAGUACAUGGUAGUGUUGACGAAAAGGACAAAAAAAAACAAAGCAUGUUUGUUGUUUGUCGUUAAUUUGUAGAUUUUUAAAUAACUAUCCUGUUUUUGUUGUCUGUUUGAAUUUUGCAGGGACAAUGCACUUGUUACCUGAAUCUGUACAUACCUGUUGAUAGAACAUUCAAAAAUGAAUAAAUGCGUUUGAUAUAAAUACA